AUGAGCUCGAAGGAGAGACCCACUCUUGGUGGCACGCGGAUUAAGACCCGCAAACGGAAUAUUGCUGCGCCACUGGACCCUGCAGCAUUUGCUGAUGCAGUGGUCCAGAUUUACUUGGAUAAUGCUGGUGAUCUGGAACUUAUUGCUAAGAGCAUUGAAUCUUCAGACCUUAACUUCUCAAGAUACGGAGACACCUUUUUUGAGGUUGUUUUCACAGGAGGCCGUACCCAACCUGGGACAACAAAACCUGAUGAAGGGGAGCGCCAUGCUUACUCUAUAAUAGAUUGUGAGCCUACACGGGAACUCAUUUUACCUUCUGUAAUCUACAUACAGAAAAUUCUGCGGCGCAGGCCAUUUCUCAUCAAGAAUCUCGAAAAUGUUACGCGAAGAUUCCUGCAGUCACUGGAACUAUUUGAAGAAAAUGAAAGGAAGAAGCUGGCCAUUUUCACAGCACUUGCAUUCUCCCAGAAAUUAUCUGGGCUGCCACCGGAGACUGUUUUCCAGCCAAUGCUUAAGGAUAACCUUGUGGCCAAAGGGAUAGUUCUCUCAUUUAUAACAGACUUCUUCAAGGAGUAUCUGGUUGAUAACAGCCUUGAUGAUUUGAUUUCAAUUCUGAAACGGGGAAAAAUGGAGGAUAACCUUCUGGAUUUCUUCCCAUCUGCAAAGCGAUCUGCUGAAGGUUUCUCUGAGCAUUUCACCAAAGAAGGGCUGAUACCUUUGGUUGAAUAUAAUGAAAAGAAAAUAUUUGAGGUGAAGUUGAAGGAAAUGAAAUCUGCAUUAACAACUCAGAUAGCAGAGGAAGCUGAAAUGUCUGAAGUCAUAGAAACAGUGAAACAACGAGUUAAAGACGCUAAGCUACCUGACAUUGAAAUUGUGCGUAUUUUGUGGGAUGUAUUAAUGGAUGCUGUUCAAUGGUCUGGGAAGAAUCAGCAGCAGAAUGCCAAUUCAGCUUUGCGCCAGGUAAAGACAUGGGCGAAACUCUUAAAUACUUUCUGCACCAAUGGCAAACUUGAGCUGGAACUUGUGUACAAAGUUCAGAUGCAAUGCUAUGAGGAUGCUAAGCUGAUGAAGCUAUUUCCUGAGAUAGUGAGGUCCCUCUAUGAUCAGGAUGUGCUUGCAGAAGACACCAUUCUGCACUGGUUCCGCAAAGGAACUAACCCCAAGGGCAGGCAAACCUUUGUGAAGGCCCUGGAGCCCUUUGUUAAAUGGCUGGAAGAGGCCGAAGAAGAGGAAUAG